CGAAAAUAUAUUUCUGGAAUUUGGUUUAACUUCAACUUUCCGUUGGCACUUGGUUGGAUUCAUCUACGCGGUGUUGGUCAACUUUUUCUCCAUUGAGUCUGUUGCUGUGUUUAGACUGGUCAAUUCAUUCUUUCUCCCUUCUGCCAGUCAUCUUGUUAGUUGAUCUUGCUUUCACCCGCUCGUCCUCGCCGAUGAGCUUCCGUCGCGCUCUCAGACCCUUCCGCCGCACCAUGUCUGGUGAAAAGAUUUACGAAGGCAUUUUCGCCGUCCACAAACCCCAAGGCGUCAGCUCCGCCGACGUCGUCCGCCACCUCCAACACCACUUCAACCCCUCCGAGACCUUCCGUCCCUGGCUCGCCGACGAGCGCGCCCGUCGCGAGCGCGAAAGCACCUACCAGCGCAAACGCCGUCGCACGCAACGCCUGGACGUCAAAAUCGGCCAUGGAGGUACCCUUGACCCCCUCGCUACCGGUGUCCUCGUGGCCGGCGUCGGAAAGGGCACGAAACACCUGAACGAGUUUCUGGCCUGCACGAAGCAGUACGAGACGGUGGUGCUAUUCGGGGCGGAGACGGAUACCUAUGAUCGGAUGGGAAAGGUGGUGAAGAAGGCUCCCUAUGAACAUAUCACGCGGGAGAUGGUCGAGAAGGCGCUGGAACAGUUCCGGGGACAGAUUAUGCAGAGGCCGCCGAUUUUCUCUGCUUUGAGAGUGCAGGGAAAGAAGUUGUAUGAGUAUGCGAGGGAGGGUAAGGAGCCGCCGGUUGAGAUCAAGUCCAGGCCCGUGGAGGUCCAUGAUCUCAGGGUUGUGGAGUGGUUUGAGCCCGGGACACAUGAGUGGAAGUGGCCGACGGUGGAGGCGGAGGGGGAUGAGAAGAUUGUUGCGGAAAAGUUGUUGGAGAAGGAGGAUAAGCUGCCCGUUGUGGAGAGGGACGAGAAGGUUGAGGCUGAGGAAGCGUCGGCGAAGCGCCCGGCGGAGGAAGAUGUGAAGGAGGACACUGCUGAGGCGGAGGCCCCGGCCAAGAAGCAAAAGGUGGCUGACGGGGAGGCCGCGCCUGUUGUACAGACUGAGCAGGCGGAAGCUGCUCCAGAGACUGCCCCGGAGACCGCAAAGGACGCCUCGGAGACUGCAGAGAAGGACUCAGAGGCCCAGCCUCAGCCUCAGCCGGCUGCCGUGAAGAUCACCAUGACGGUGUCGUCUGGAUUCUAUGUUCGCUCGUUGGCGCACGAUCUAGGCAAGGCGGUUGGCAGCUGUGGGCUCAUGAGCUCGCUGGUUCGGUCCCGCCAGGCCCAGUUCGAGCUGGACCCCGAGAAGGUGCUCGAAUACAAGGAUCUCGAGGCCGGCGAAGAGGUCUGGGGCCCCAAGGUUCAGCGGUUCCUCGAAGACUGGGAGGAGAAGAGACUCGCCCGGUCGCCUCCUCGUUCUUAAAUAUGUAUAUAUCUAGUCUGGCGUUGGGAUAUGGAAUUAAACACCUGUGAUCAUCUCAAAAUAAUGAG